UCCAAUUGAGUGAUGAUUAGAAAGAGAACCAGUGAAAAAAUCUCCCAAAUUCACCAUCAUUCAAAUCUAUGGCGAAACUGCACAAACCUCCGAAAUCUGAAACAAGCUCAUGCUCUAAUGAUCAUCAAUGGCUUAAACUCCAAUCCUUCUACUCUCAGAGAAUUCAUAUACGCAUCCUCUGUAGCAAUUCCUUCCGCAAUAAACUAUGCCCACCAAGUGUUCGCUCAUAUUCCAGAACCAGAUCUCUUCACAUGGAACACACUAAUAAGAGGCUCCGCACAGAGUUUCAAUCCAUCACUAGCCAUCAAUGUAUACUCCCAAAUGGAAAAACGCAACAUUCGACCUGAUAAUUACACAUUCCCCUUCGUCCUCAAAGCCUGCACUAAGCUUUCUUGGGUCAAUAUUGGUUCUGUAAUUCAUGGAAAAGUAGUGAAAUUUGGGUUUGAAUCGAACACUUACGCAAGAAACACGCUUAUAUAUUUCCAUUCUAAUUGUGGGUACAUAGAGAUUGCUAGAAAACUAUUUGAUGAUUCCGCGAAGAAGGAGAUUGUUCCUUGGUCUGCUUUAACUUCUGGUUAUGCUAAAAGAGGGCAAUUGGAUAUUGCACGUCAGCUGUUUGAUAAAAUGCCUAUAAAAGAUAUGAUUUCUUGGAAUGUUAUGAUUAGUGGGUAUGUUAAGCAAGGAGAUAUGAAGAAUGCUGAGAACCUUUUUAAUAUGGUUCCUGAAAAAGAUGUGAUAACAUGGAAUGUGAUGAUUUCGGGUUAUGUUCUUAAUGGCUUACACAAACAAGCUUUAGAGAUAUUCGACGAGAUGAUAAGAGUUGGAGAACGACCGGAUGAAGUAACCAUGAUAAGCCUUCUCGCGGCAUGUUCUGAAUUGGGAGCAUUGGAUGUUGGCGAGAAGAUUCAUCGUUUUUUAUCGGAAACAAAUGGUCAUGAUUUGAGUGUUUCGUCGGGGAAUGCCCUCAUAGACAUGUACGCGAAAUGUGGUAGCAUUGAGAAAUCUCUUCAAGUUUUUCGAUCGAUAAGAGAAAAAGAUGUUACUACAUGGAACUCGAUUAUAGUUGGCACAGCCUUUCACGGGCACUCGGAGAAAUCAAUUAACAUAUUCGAGGAAAUGCUUAACACAACGAGAAUUAAACCAAAUGAGAUUACAUUCAUAGGUGUUCUAAUCGCUUGUAGUCAUUCAGGUAAAAUAAAAGAAGGCUACUCGUAUUUUGACAUGAUGAGGAUCAAGUACGAUAUGGAACCUAACAUAAGACAUUACGGUUGCAUGGUGGAUAUGUUGGGUCGAGCCGGGCUUCUUGAUGACGCGUAUGGUUUCGUAAUGAGAAUGGAUAUGAAGGCUAACGCGAUCAUAUGGAGGACUUUACUCGGGGCUUGUAGGGUUCACGGGAAUAUCGAGCUUGGGAAGAUCGCGAAUGAGCGAUUGAUGGAAAUGAGACGUGAUCAUAGCGGCGAUUAUGUAUUGAUGUCGAAUAUUUAUGCUUUGAAAGGAGAAUGGAAUGGUGCUGAGAAAGUUAGAGAAUUGAUGGAUAAUAGUGGAGUGAAGAAAAUAGUUGCCAAUAGUAGUCAUGUUGAUGAAGAUCAAAAGGUGUUCAUGGAAUUCUUAUUUGAAUCUGAUUUAACAAAGGUUUAAAAUGAAGGAAAAAAAUGGGUAAUGAUCCUUUUCUUAAUAAUAUUUUUUUUGUUGAAUAUA